AUGACCCUCCAAAACCCUACCCACUACCUCCAGCAUCUCGCUCAAAUAGCCAAAACGAAGAUACCCGCAGCACGCCUCACCUGCGGCCCUCUCCUCUCAAAAUCCCUCUCAACGCCUCCUCCAGCCCCUCCGGCCCCUCCAGCCCUCCUCUCCCCCAUCUUUCCAAAACCUCUGUUCUCUCCCCUCCCAAGGACCUCCGACAUCACAAUCAUUGGCGCGGGCGCCGCCGGCGUAGCAGUAACCGCACACGUCUUGAGGAAUAUCCGCCAACAAAAGCUCCCGCCACAAUCAGUCACCAUGAUCGAGAAAGCGGUGUCCGCGGGCCCGGGCCUCGCGUAUGGGCAUGGGUGUGAGGGGACGAUUGUGAAUAUGGCGGCGGAUACAAUGGGGAUAUUUGAUGGGGAUCCGGGGCACUUUGUGAGAUGGAUGCGGGAGCGGGGGCGGGGGCGUGAGAAAGCAGGGGUGGUGGAAGGGAAGGGGGGUAGAUUUCCUGAACGGACGGUGUAUGGGAGAUAUUUGGAGGAAAUGGUGGAAGCGACUAAGACGGAUGCUGAGAAGAGCGGUAUGCCAUUUGAGGUUGUGAAUGGUGAGGUCAAAGAUGUCGAGGCGGAUAGUGACGAGUUUCAGCUGCUGCUGGGAGAUGGGCGCAGUCUGCUAUCGCGAAAGGUGGUGCUUGCUCUGGGCAACUUUUCGGCUGUGAUAAACCGUCAUCUUAUUGGUAAUCCGAACUUCAUGGAAAGCCCGUGGCCUGCUCAAAAGCUGAAAGAGAUACCGACGAGGGCUUCAGUGGUUGUCAUCGGAUCAAGACUUACGGCAAUUGAUGCGGUGCUGGCUUUGGCUGAUAAUGGACAUGAAGGACCGAUCACGAUGGUGUCUCGCUCAGGCCUAUUACCCAAGGUUCAGGGCGAUGUCCCUCCCUACGAACGGCAAUAUGUGUUGUAUUCGGCGGCGAGAGAGGCUGAAGACCUGUCGACUGGAGCGUUUGCGCACGUUAUACAAGCUUUGCAACUAGAAAUUAAUCAGGCAUACCCGACCACGUUCAACAAUUGGUGGCAUAAGUUGGGUGUAGACGACCCUGUAUCGACUGAGAUCCCGAGCGAGCAGAUGGACACAAAGGUGUGGUGUAGACUCAGGCUGGAAGUCGUUGGGAAGCAUCCCUCGUUCUUGGAGACGCUACGGGCAGACAUCCAGGAGGCGGAGAACGGAGAUGUCGGGUGGCAAGCUGUUCUCAAGGCUACUGCUCCGCUUGCAGAGCGUUACUGGCACUCCUUCACAGCACACGAAAGGUUGCAUAUUGAGAACUUCAUGAGUCUAUGGAUGUGUUACCGCCAUUCCAUGCCCCUUGUUAAUGCCAAGAGACUGCUCGCUUUGAUGGCUUCAGGACAGCUCGAAGGCAAGCGGGGCAUAGGGGCUGCAUUUCAACAAGAAGGACAUUUCGAGAUCUCCACCCACGACGGACCGAUUUUGUCGCAAUAUCUGAUCGAAGCAAUUGGACAAGAGCAUCAUCCGCAACGCGUAGAUUCACUGCUAGUCCGUGGAUUAUUAGCGAAGCAAAUACUCAAGCCACAGCCAUUCGGGGGCGUUUCUGUUGAUUUCACGACCCUAGAGACUCCAACAAAGAGCAUGUAUGUGCUCGGCUCCAUGACUCGGGGUGUGCAUCUCUACACCAAUGCCAUCGACCGUAAUGCAGCACAUGCAGCGCGCAUUGCUGACCAUCUGACUGGCAUUCCGCCUCGUCGCUCAUUGCAUGUCGCAUUCUUUGUGGGUAGUGAUCUCUUCAGUCACCUUAUGCUUGCCAAGAUUGUACCGCAACUGAUCGCGAGGGGUCACAUGCCGUUCGUAUACUUGCCGCAACACAGAGCCAAGAGGCAGAGCGAGAGUUUCCUUUCGCGGGAAUUGGCUUUUUUCGAGAGGACUCUGUUGCAUCAACAUGUUAUACCCUUCCUCGGAUCAUUGACUCCUGAUGAAACACCUUGUCUGACCGUGAGACAAAUGCAAAAGAAGUAUGGUAUCCUUGUGCAAGACGUGAAAGACGUCAACGAUAGCAAGUUUCUGGGUUCACUAAAGGACCAUCACAUCGAUUUCGGUUUAUCUUUGCGCUGCUAUCAGCGAUUUCAAAAGAACAUCAUCGCAUACUUCCAAUCGCCUAGAGUCCUUUUGAACCUUCACCCGGGGGUGCUACCAGAGUACCGAGGUGUGAUGACUGCGAAUCGGGCAAUGACAUCUGCGGAAGAGAGGUUCGGAUACAGUCUGCACCAUGUGAACGAGGAUUAUGACUCUGGUGAUGUCGUGGAUAUUCGGACGCGACCAAUCGACUAUCAGAAAUCAAUGCUGCUGUCAAUGGAAGACAUGUACCCUCUCGGAGUAGACAUGGCUGUUGAUGCAAUUGAGCACCAUGCCCGGGGCAGGUCGUUCUCGAUGACUCCGCAGGAUCCAACGAAGAGUCAUUACUAUUCUUUCCCGACCGAGCUGGAGCUCAAUCAAGCACGAAUGUCCGAUAUCAGGCUUGUUGAUCCAGCGUCGAUGCAGGAUCUGCUAGUCCGUAGUUAUGCUUCGCCAAGCCAGGAGAAGGGGUUACGCGGUGUCAUUCAGGAUGCGACGGAAGAGUGGUAUUCAAGUGAGAAGCCAAUUGAAAAGUAA